AUGAUACGCGUGGGGCCUAGACUUGUUUUUAGAGGGUUUCGCAGCUUGGUAAAGCCGCGCCAAGUUGUCCGCAUUCCUUUGAACAUACGCGCUCCUCUCCAGUCGAUCCAAGCAUGUCAAGAUAAGGACCAGGCUUCUCUCGAGGAGACUCCUAGGGAAGCGAAGGGCCCCAAGAAAACUGGCAAAAGAAUAAAAAAGAAGACCGUCCAGGGUGACGAAAUUGACGAGUUUGGAGACCGUGGUGCCAAACCAGAUGUCGAAUUCACGUAUUUCUACCAGACCCUGAAAGAUAUCGUUGACCAAUAUCCUAAAGAUCAGUACGUGGUCUUGAUCCAAGUCGGAUCAUUUUAUGAGCUCUACUUCCAGCAGGCUGAGAAACACGCAUCAAUGUUGGGCUUAACGUUGAGCAAGAGAGUGCUCAAAAAUCAUGAAAUAUCCUUUGCUGGCUUUCCUGACUAUAAACUUGAAAAAUACCUACAGAUUGCCUUCGGCCAAGGGCUCAAGGCCGUUGUUUGUGAUCAGCAUACCACUGCGCAGAAUGUGAUUGUGAGACCAGUAACGAGGCUCGUGACCCCAGGCACUAUCAUUGAUGAAGCAUUGAGAGAUUAUCAUCGCACAAAUUAUUUACUUGCUAUCCAAUUUCCUGCAGACCCAUUCAAAAAAGAUGCGCUGGGCCAAAAGAUAGGUCUGUGUUGGGUAGACGUUGGCUUAAGUCAAUUCCAUGUGCUUGAAACAAAUAUGAAUGAGCUAAUGGCCAACAUAACUAGGAUCAAUCCUAGUGAAAUUCUAAUAGCCAAUGAUCUGGAUAUCGAUUCUUUGAUCACAGGAAAAUGGUUUCCCGAAUUGGGAGAACUAAAGAAGUACUAUAUAAGCAGGUACUCGCUGCCAUCAGUCAGCACGUCACUACUCGAUUUUGCCAACCGCUUCUCAGAAAACAAGCGGCUUGUCCAGAGCCGUCUGGAUAAGCUCUCUCUAAAAGAAGCUGGAGCCGCGAAAGUUUUGCUGCACUACUUGAAUGACUGUCUGCCUUUCUACAAGUUGAGUUUUGACUUACCCAAACGGUCGUUGCCAAACACCCUAAUGCAUAUUGAUCCGCGCGCUGCACAAGAUCUGGAACUCACUGAGACCAUAGUUGGUGGUUUUCGAACUGGAGCUCUUGCGUCCAUAAUUGAUAAGACGUGUACGGUACAAGGUUCCCGGCUGCUGAAUACCUGGCUACUCUCUCCAUCAACCGAUGUUGAAGAAAUAAGGAAACGGCAGAGGUAUAUUGAGGUUUUCCUAAACAACCGCAUGUUUGUCCAGGAGCUGAUUCAGUUGUUACGCAAAACCACCGAUUUAGGUCGAAUCGUCCGCCGUGCAGAUAACAAAAGGGCAGACAUGGGGGAGUACUUGGAGUUGGGACAUACCAUCAUGAUAAUCGAUGAGAUCUACAAGAUGGUGAAGGAUUGUGCGGAUAAAAAACUAGUCAAUCUUGUCUUGCCUUUAUUCGACAAAUUCAAGGAGUUUCCAGCUCUCAUGAGUUUGUCUCAAUCUAUCAUCAACACAAUAAAUCCUCAGACCCUUCAAGUGAAAAUCGAUACAAACAGGAACGACUCUGAAGUGCUCCGAAAGUACUGGUUUUUGAAGCCUACUGCAUCUCCAAAGCUCGCAGAACUCAGAGACAAAUAUGAUCAGCUUGAGCUUCAGUUCCAGGCUCUGACACAGCAAUUGUCAGCAAAGUUUGAGAAAUUUGGCUACCAAGGUGGUUUCAACUUAGUCCGUGAUCCUCGGACCAAUGAUUUUGUCAUUGACGUUCGCUCGUCCAGAAAAUCAUUCAAAAGCCUUGUCGAGAAUAUGGACCUUCAGCUCCGUGAACGAACAAAGUCCAGUGCAAAAUUCUGGACAAUGGAAUGGCAAACUCUAGGCACAGAAAUGCUAUUUGUUGAGCAAGAGAUUUUGAGAGAAGAAGAGAGAAUCAUAUCCCUGAUUCGGGAGACUCUGCUUUCCCUUUCUACGGAAUUACGCCAGGUUGCUCCCAUCAUUGAAUUUCUAGACGUGUGCUCCUCAUUCUAUCUGUUAGCUUGGGAAAAGGGUCUUGUCAAGCCGACUGUGGACAUGAGCACCAAGUUUGAGAUAGAAAACGGACGCCAUUUGGUGGUGGAAGAGGGUUUGCGUGGACGGGUGACUGGAGUUGAGAAUUUUACAGCUAAUAGUUGCUCUUUGGAUUCUGGUCGUGGAUGGGUGAUCACAGGUCCAAACAUGGGUGGUAAAAGCACCUUCUUGCGGCAGAAUGCAUUGAUUGCAAUAUUGGCGCAGAUAGGCUCAUACGUCCCUGCCACAAAAGCUCAUAUUGGGAUCAUAGAUAAGGUUUUUACCAGAGUUGGAGCUUCUGAUAACAUUUACAGACAUCAAUCAUCGUUCAUGGUCGAAAUGAACGAAACUGCUAUCAUCUUAAGGGAUUCUACGGAAAGGUCCUUGGCUAUAGUUGACGAGCUUGGCCGAGGAACAUCGGCGGUUGAAGGUAUAACCAUCGCAUAUGCAUCUUUGUCUCAUUUAGUAAAGAAUAAGAACUGCAAAGUGCUCUUUGCAACACAUUUUGGCCCAGAGAUUCACAAACUAAUGAAAGAUGAUAAGGACUUAGAGCGGCGUACGGAUUUCUAUCAAACUACCCUGACCAGAAUACAUGAUGGCAAUCUACCGAUUGACGAAAAGCUCAUUUUCGACCAUAAACUGAUUCCCGGAAUCAGCUCUCAUUCGCAUGCCUUUGAAAUUGCACAACUGGCUGGCUUUCCCUCCGAUGCAUUAGAGCUGGCCAGAAAGACGUAUGUCAAAGCUACAUCAGGUCUAUAA